AAAAAAAAAAAGUACUUUGUUGCAUUGUUGUUGAUUCUCUAUUUCUGUACCUAUAAAAAAUUCGUUGAAUUUUCUGAAUUUCCUAACUAAAAUAUACAUGCCAUGUACUUUAAGAUAGAAUAAAAUGAGUGUACAUUUAAUUUAAUAUUCAUUCCUUCCCGUGCCUUAUAAAUUUAAGUGUAAUAAAUACGUACUUUAGACCCAUGAGGUGGUUAGCGCUUAGAUUCAUUUGUUUUCAUUAUGACGAAGCGCCGAAGAAUAGUUCAAGCUGACAAAAUAAUACAAAAUGUUAUGCAUGUGUUUUGUUUGUUGAUGUUUUUGCAGUUAAAAGGCUACUACUCCAGCACAAGUAAUCCAGUGUUAUUAUAUUCGACGGCGUCUGACAUUCGAGUGGCAAAUACAUCUAAAUUGGGCAAAAUUAACGCAAUAAUCAAAGAUUUAGAACAGGGAUCGGCUGUUGACUUCCUGUGCAAAAAUAAUUUAAUAUGCUGGUCGGAUCAGACUGCGGAAUUGAUACAAUGUAUGGAGUAUAAUGGCACACAUUCUGGAGAAAAGAUGAGAAUAGUAUCAGAUGGCAUAAUCACACCCACCGGUAUAGCAAUAGAUUGGUACACAGACAAAAUUUACUGGACAGAUGGAGAAACAAAUAGAAUAGAAGUAAUUAGUAUAGAGCAAAAGUAUAGAAAAGUUUUAUUUUGGACAGAAGUGGACCUAGCAAGGGCUAUCGCUCUUGUUCCUAAGGAGGGAUUAAUGUUUUGGACAGACUGGGGUGAAAUACCCAAAAUCGAAAGAGCUGGUAUGAACGGUGACCCAGCAACCCGCAAAGUUAUUGUUAAAGACAAUAUAUUCUGGCCAAACGGAAUUACCGUAGACUAUAACAACAAUUUAAUAUACUGGGUUGAUGCCAAACUACAGUUUGUAGAUAUGAUUGACUUCAAUGGUAAUAAUCGAAAUAAAAUAAUAAAAGAAGGCUUAAAAUAUCCAUAUGCCUUGGCAUAUUUUAAUGAAAAGCUAUAUUGGACUGAUUGGAAGACAUGGGGAAUAUACACUUGGGAUAUAUCAACCAAUGGUGGUAUAAAAGAGCUGAUCAAAUCUGACCCAGUGCCAGUGGACAUUAAAGUCUAUGACAGAAGCAGACAAGUGAUGCCUACUGGGGAUUAUCCGUGCAAAGAUAACGAGGGGUGCUCACACUUGUGUCUGUUGGCACCUACUUCACCAGGAUAUGUUUGCGCCUGUCCAACCGGCGUUAAACUAAAAGAAGGCAGCAACACAACAUGCUACAACUCGCCACAGUCUAUGCUGCUAGUGGCUCAGAGAUCCGUCAUAUCCAAGAUAUCGCUAGACUCCCCUGACUUCACUCCCUAUACACUGCCCUUGAAGGACUUGAAGAGAGCUCUGACUGUGGACUUUGAUCCCAAAAGCGAAUACGUCUAUUGGGCUGACAGUCAGUCCAAAACCAUAUCCCGUGCGCGUUUGGAUGGCAGCGAGCAGUCUGUAGUCAUCCAUAGCAACGGAGUGCCCGACAGCAUAGCAAUAGACCCCCUCGCGAGAAACAUAUACUGGACCGACCCUGUCUCUGACACUAUCACCGUUGCUAGGCUGGAUGGCAGUGCGAGGAAGAUCAUAAUCCACGACGACCUAUACUACCCGCGUGCUAUAGCCCUUCACCCAACAGCGGGUUGGAUGUUCUGGUCGGAUUGGAACGAGAAGAAACCCAAGAUCGAGCGGGCCAACCUGGACGGAACCGAUCGGAUACUGCUGGUCUCGGAAAAGCUCACUUGGCCUAAUGGGAUUGCUUUGGAUACAACCAAUAAUAUGCUGUACUGGGGUGACGCAAGAACGCAUAAGAUUGAGGUGUGCAACAUGGACGGAUCAGCUCGACGGGAGCUACACAGCAGCGAUAUUUUACACAUCUUCGGGCUUACACUGCUCGGUCAGCAUUUGUACUGGACGGAUAUGCAACGACGGACCUUGGACCGAAUAAAUAAAGAUACAGGUUUAGAAAGGCAAGCAGUAGUGGAACAGAUGGCAAACAUGAUGGGUGUAAAAGCAUUUCGUAUCGGAGAGCCAUUGGGCCACACGCCUUGCGCUGACAAUAACGGGGGCUGUUCGCAUCUCUGCUUCAACCGACCAAAGGACUAUGUGUGCAGCUGUCCAUUAGGCUUGGAACUAAGCAAAGAUCGCAAAACGUGCAUUGAACCUGAAGCGUUUCUAAUAUACAGCAGGAAGAACGUCAUUGGACGAAUCAGUAUUGAGAAUGAAAACAACGACGCUGUUCUACCUAUCAAAGAGUUGAAGGAAGUUAGUGCUUUAGCUGUUCAUGUAUCGGGCUCAAAAAUCUAUUGGUCUGACAGCAAAACGAAAACGAUAAACCGAUGUUCCAUAAAUGGAUCCGAUAUAGAGAAAAUACUUGAGUGGAUGGGACUGGUUGAAGGUUUAGCAAUAGAUUGGUCGGGUCAGAACAUUUACUGGACGGACACGGCGUCACAACGGAUCGAGGUUGCUCGUCUCGACGGGUCUAGCCGACGCACGCUGAUAUGGCAGGGGCUGAAGAAACCUAAGAGCAUUGUCUUGGACCCAAGAAAAGGCUACAUGUACUGGUCGGAACUUGGGUCAAAGAGCAUUAAACGGGCCACUAUGGACGGGGGUUCCCCUACGAUCUUAUUCGAGCAAGUUGGCCGCGUCCACGCACUGGCCGUAGACUAUGACAAGCGCACCAUAUACUGGGCAGCUUUAGACCCGCCUGUCAUAGAGUUUGCCUUCUUAAACGGUACGGGAAGGAAAGUGUUGGCCGACAAUAUACCGAUGCCGUACGCGCUGGCUUUGUAUGGAGAUCGAGUGUUUUGGGGCGAUUGGAAUACUGGCCUUAUAGAAGCAUCGAAGAAAACUGACGGCACGAACCGCAAAACGAUUCACAACCAACUGGACUAUAUCUCUGACCUGAAAGUGUACCAUCGGGGACGAGACACACUGUCUAACCAGUGUGGGGUGGACAACGGGGGCUGUUCACACUUGUGUCUGCCCUUGCCUAACAACGACUACCGCUGUGCGUGCCCCACACACUAUCGCCUCAAUAGAGACAACCUUACUUGUUCUGAACCAGAAGAAUUCCUAUUUUUUGCACAGAAAAACGCGGUUGGUCGUAUUUUGACAGCAAAUGGCGAAUGCAAUGACGCUUUUAUACCUUUGACAGGCUUGAAAAGCGUGCGAGCUAUCGAAUACGAUCCCAUCAACAAGCACCUGUAUUGGAUGGAUGACGAAUCCCACUCAAUACGGCGGGUACCCAUCUCGUAUUCGACCACAUCCGCCGUCGCUGACGCAGCUACAAUCGUUACUGGUCUUACACGUCCAUUUCACAUGGUCUUAGACAUACUCGGCCGGGCUCUAUACUGGACCUGCCUAGACACAGACUCGAUCAAUAUCACCUCUAUCGAUAACAACUCUUCGAUUGGUGUCAUAUUGCGUGGGGAGAAAAUGAUGCCGCGACAUUUGGCUUUCCAUCAAACAAAGAGGAUACUAAUAUGGAGCGACGCGGGCCUUGGCGCGAUAAUGCGUGCGAACGUGGACGGAACUUCGCGCGUGGAAAUCGCGCGAGUCAGCAACGUGACCGCGCUGACGGUCGAACAAAACAGCGCGACGGUGUACUGGGCCGUCGCGCGCCAGAUACACGCGCUGGACCUCGACUCGCCUAGCAACAGACGUGUAGUAUGGCAGGGCGGCUGGGUCGGCGCACUGGCCGCGUUCGGAGGCGCCCUGUACCUAUGCGGCAGUGAGCGCAUGCCCAUGCGUUUGCCGCUGCACCGCCGGGACGCGCCCGCCGCGCCGCUGCCGCACCUCGCCAGGCUGGUGGCUGCCAUACCUGUGCAUCGGGUGCCCCGCGAGCACCCGUGCUACGGCGGGCACGCGUGCGGCAGCGCGCUAGGCGCGUGCGGCGCGGGCGGCGUGUGCGGCUGUGGGCUGCAGUGCGCCGCGCGCCGCACGUGCGCUUCCGGCCAGUUCCUGUGCGACGCGCCCGCCGCACCCACGCCCACUGCUGACCCGCCCGUCGUGCACUGCAUCCCCGCGGAAUGGAAAUGCGAUGGGCAGCGCGACUGCCCGGACGGGUCGGACGAGGCGCGCUGCGACGCGUGCGCAGGCCUGCGCUGCGCAGACGGCUCGUGCGCAGCUGUGCUAGGUGGUUGCAGCACUGGCACUUACUGCGCGCACGCGCCGCUGCCCGAUGCCUUCAGAUGCGACGAACGCUUAUGUCUGGCGCCGCUGCUGGUCUGCGACGGCCACAUACACUGCGAGGAUGGCGCAGACGAGGCGCCCUCCCUUUGCGAAUUUCUGCAUAAAGAUCAAGUAGUGUCAGUGGGUGCGAAUCCGGGUGGGCAGUCGCACGCACUGGUGGCGUGCGGCGCCGUGGCGGGCGUGGGCGCAGCCGUGGGCGCCGCGUGGGCCGCGCUGCGCCGCCUGCGCCGCUCGCGCCGCCCGCACCACGCGCAGCGCAACUUCCCGCUGGUCAAGCCGCCGCCGCUCGCCCGAGCCUCGCUGCCCUCCUCCGAAAUGAGCGCGACCGGGUCCGGCUCAGCUGGUUCAAACUCGGCCGGAUCAAAUUCGGCAUCAGAUAGCUUAUGCGGUCGCUACCCCCGACCCACCGCCAACCCGCCGCCCAGCCCGGCCACGGCGUCAGGUGGGAGGCGACGCGCGUAUCGCCACUACCGAGCAUCGAACCGACCGCCCCCGCCGACGCCGGCUUCUACUGACGCGAACGAAUCGGAGACUGAACCAGCCGGGCGCGCGCCGCCGCCUUCUCCCGCACCGCUCCUAUACUGAUAGCUGUCUCAGGAUGCGUUCCUACUGAAGCGGAGUGGAGUGGUGACGUGUUUUAUAGACAAAUC